AUAAGUCGUAACUUUUGUAUCUGACUAGAUAAGAUAAAUCGAAUUCGCUAGUUUUAUUGUUCCUAAUUAGUUGUUAAUUAUUGUUAGCAGUACAUUUCAAAAAUUGACACCUUUAAAUAGUCCUCUGUUUGAUUGAAUACGAUCAGUGCUGGUAAUGAUGAAGGUUUUGUUAACACUUACCGUAUGUCUGCUAAUGCAGACGUCCGUCUUUGGAGAUGACAUUCAAAUAACUGAUGCCCAAAUGGCGGAGUAUCAAGAGAGCAUCGUUAACCAACUGAACUUGACGGUCCAAAAUACGGUGGACAGCAUCAAAGCCAGCAUGAGCAGCUACCAGAUCCUGAUGGAAAACAUGACGGAAUCAGCCAUGGUCGAAAACGCAAAACUGAUCAAGGAAAGCAUCGACGAUUUUCGUCAGUCCUUGAUAGAAAUAAGAAAUUCUCGUAGCGGUGGUGAUGACGCCGUCUCCUCGUGCAUUGAGGACGAAGGUAGCUUGGAUGUGCUCGAGGAACAAAUCAACGAAGAAGUCAAAACGUGCACUACCACCAUUAUGCAGGAAGUGGUCAAUGUGAUCAGUGACAGUUUGAACCAGGCUCAAACUUUCAUGACCAUACCGGAAGUUAUUGGGAAAGAUAUACAAAAGUGUGGAUUGUCUGCAAGCUGCAUGAAAACUAUCGUCGGCGAUGCCAUUUCCGAAAGUCUACAGGUUCCUCCGAAAGUGUUCACGAUUUCAGCCCGCAUCCAAUCGAUGAAUUUGAGGACUGUGGUCUCCAUUGACGCCUGUAUAUUCAAUGCCAUUAAGAAGGUCACCAAAAUGGGAAUGAACAUUCUGGAAGACGUUUUUUACUGCAUUGACGACGAAAUUAAUGGGGAGUAACGCAGAAAUUUAUAACACUUUCUCGAGUACUUUAAGGUAAUAAAUAAAGAAAUCAAUUCAACCAAA